GGGGAGCAUAGAGAAAUAGACAGAGCGACAGAGAACAGAAACGGACAGAGAUACAAUAGGGGCACAGCCAGAGACACAGUGAGAGAGAGACAGAGAGUGAGAGACACACAGAGAGAGAGAGAUACAUAGUGAAAGAGCUGACACCCCCUCCCCUCCCCUCCCCCACACUCGGGCCGGGGGCGGUCGCCGCUGCCGCACAGGAAGACUCCAGCACAGUGACGUGCGAAUAAGAUCUCUCUCUCUCUCUCUCUCUGUGUCUCUGCAACCAACCUAGAGCAGCUGGAGUUCACCGCCACUGCCAGUGAGCUCGAAGCCCACAGACGAAAGGAUUAGCUGGGCGCUCUGUCCAGGGGGAAGGGGCUUUGCUGAAGGUGCACGGAGGGCUCACCCUGGGCCAUAGACCGUGUCUGCAGCUCCGUAACCCCGGCUCUCCGCUUACUCCUGGCCGCCAUGUCCCAGAUCCUACCUUACAAUGAGGAGAAGAUUGCGCAUUAUGGUGAGGAGGUGGGUCAGAUCUCCUUCACCUGCCGCCUGCAGGACACCAACAACUACUUCGGAGCAGGCCAGAACAAACGGGCGCCCAAACUGGGUCAGAUUGGGAGAAGCAAGCGGGUUGUCAUCGAAGAUGACAGAAUUGACGAUGUGCUGAAAAAUAUGAGCGAGAAGUCCCCUCCGGGUGUUUAAAAAUGCCGAAAGAGUGUGUCGAUCAACAACACACAAAAAAACAUUCAAACAAGUCCCACCUUUUCGUUGGCGAGAAAAGCACUUUGAGACGCAGAACUAACCUUUACUUAUAAAAGCUGUGAUACACAAUGCUAAAAAAAACUAACUAUUGUAUCUGACGCUGGGAGGCAAAGUGUGAGGCCAGGUCCGAGAGAGAGUUAAGGAGUGAGUAAUGUUGGUCCAAAAUUGAACCUUCCAAGGCAAUGUGCAAGAAUGACUUGUUCUUGACCGCUCAGAGCAUCAUGGAAUGUGCAGAUGUCAGGGCAAGCCGGAAAAGAAGCGGGAGAACGAUGUAGCAAGCACAUACUGUCUAUUGAUCAAACCUUUGUAUUGUAUUGCCAGCAGCUAUCUUGUUAUGAAUGGAGCACUUUGUUUACAUUAUCUUGCGAAUACUGUAAUUCUGUGCACUUUGGAUGUAAAAUAUUAUUUUUAUUCUCUUUUAUUGCAGUGUUGGGAAUUGUUUAAGACAAAAACAUUUUAUAGGAAUGGAGAAAUAUUGUUUCAUUUUGAGUUCAAACUUGUGUGCAGCUUGAUUUGAUUUCUUGUUGCAAUAUACUGCGGCCUGCUGCGUUGAAAGUGAGAUCUUUUCUAUUUUAGGAUUUAUAAACCAUAAAUGUAUCCUACAGUGAGAUCGAUAGGAGAUGUUUUGUUAUCGUGGCAGUAAUAUACUUUCUAUAUUGUAUGAAGCAUCAUCACGACAGUGCCAAAUAUUUCGAGAACGCCAAAAAGGCAACCAGUUUCUCUCUGCUCUCCGUGAAUGUAUUCAGUAACGCUACUUGGCUGCCAUUUUUUAUGUUAAAGGACUAAGUUAUUAUUUGGUGAAUUUCUUGUUCUGCAUGAUAAUAUAUAAAAUGCCUCGUGUGAGGCCGUCUAUAAAUCAUUAUAGAUCUUGUCUGCAACUUUGAAUGACAGACCUCAAGAUUUUUUUUCUCUGAAUUGAAUCUAUGAAUAUCUGUUGCACCUCUUUCCUCUACAGGGCUA